AUGUCCCUUUCACAACGUGUCGUCAUCAUUGGAGCGGGCAUCGUGGGUACCAACCUCGCCGACGAGUUGGUCUCUCGAGGAUGGAAGGAUAUUACUGUUGUCGAGCAGGGCCCGUUGCAUAUGCCGGGCGGAUCGACCUCACACGCCCCCGGACUCGUAUUCCAGACAAGCCCCUCCAAGACAAUGACAUACUUCGCACGAUACACAGCCGAGAAGCUUCUUUCAAUAGAGAAGGAUGGACACAAAUGCUUCAAUCAGGUCGGCAGUCUCGAAAUAGCAACAACUCCCGCACGACUGGAGGAGCUGAAGCGGAAACAUGGAUAUGCCUCAUCAUGGGGAAUCGGGGCGCGGCUACUGAGCGCCGAGGAGUGCUUCAAGAUGUAUCCUCAUCUGAAUACCGAUAUGGUGUUGGGCGGUCUGCACGUCCCGACCGAUGGUCUCGCACUAGCAGCCCGAGCAACGCAACUGCUGAUUGAACGGACGAGCAAGGCCGGUGUUCGUUAUCUGGGCCAUACCCCCGUGACGGGGAUUGAGAGGGACGGUCGACGUGUCACCGGAGUCACUACUCCAAAGGGCACUAUCCCCGCAGACAUUGUUGUUUCUUGCGCUGGGUUCUGGGGUGUUGAAUUGGGAGCCAUGGUCGGUGUGGAAAUUCCUUUGCUCCCGCUGGGGCACCAGUAUGCAAAGACUACGGCAGUACCUGCUCUCGAAGGACGAGAUGUUAACAGCUUGCCCAAUGGAAUGAAUGCCGCACUACCAAUCCUCCGGCACCAGGACAAGCGUCUUUACUACCGUGAACACGGCGGGCAGUACGGCAUUGGAUCCUACGCACACCGUCCAAUGCCCGUCGUUGCGUCAUCAUUGGGCCUUACUCCGAAAGAUGUUGACGAACAAAACAUGCCUUCCCGCCUUGAUUUCACAACCGAAGAUUUCGACCCGGCUUGGAAAGAUUCCCAAGAGCUUCUCCCCGCUCUAAGGGACACAGAGAUCGCAGAUGGUUUCAAUGGCAUAUUUUCCUUCACACCCGACGGUGGCCCAAUCCUCGGCCAACCAUCCCACCUCGACGGCUUCUACGUCGCCGAGGCCGUAUGGGUUACACACUCAGCAGGCGUCGCCCGAGCUCUAGCCCAAAUACUUACAACCGGCCGAUCGGAUAUCGACGUGUCUGAAUGUGAGCUAUCCCGCUUCGAAGAAAUCCAACUCAAUCGAGACUACGUGAGCGAGACCGCGCAGCAGAACUUCGUUGAAAUAUAUGACAUCGUCCACCCACUUCAGCCGCGUACGUCGCCCCGCAAUUUGCGUGUGAGUCCAUUCUAUCCUCGCCAGCUGGAGCUGGGGGCUUUCUUCCUCGAGGUUGGAGGCUGGGAGCGGCCGUGGUGGUAUGAGGCAAACAAAGAUCUUGUCAAAUCUCUCCCGCCAUCAUGGCAACCUGUCGAACGAGAUGCCUGGUCGGCGCAGUUCCAUUCGCCGAUCUCUGCCGCUGAAGCGUGGAAGACGCGGAAUGCUGUUGCUAUGUUUGAUAUGACUGCUUUCCAUCGGUUCGAGGUGCGCGGUCCCGGAGCAAUCGGUCUGCUUCAGCGCCUCACUACGAGUGACAUGACCACCAAGAUAGGAACCGUUACUUAUACGCUCCUCCUGAAUGAUCACGGUGGCAUUCGGGGUGACAUUUUUGUACUCCGACUUGACGACGAUGUGUUCCAAAUUGGAGCGAACACUGCAACAGAUCUGGCGUAUCUUACCAGAGAAGCUCGAGUCCAGGAACAAGGUGCCCCCGGGAAAUGGACCCAGGUCCGCGAUAUCACAGGCAGCACAUGCUGCAUCGGACUGUGGGGUCCUCGAUCCCGGGAUGUUAUCGCUGGAAUCAGCACGGUCGACGUUUCCAACAAGGGACUUCCCUACUUCACUUUGAAGAAAACAAUUCUCGCGGGUAUCCCUGUUACAAUGAUCCGAAAGUCCUAUGUCGGCGAACUAGGUUGGGAAAUCCAAACCAGCGCCGAGUAUGGCCAGCGCCUAUGGGACACAAUUUGGCAAGCUGGAAAGCUACACGGACUCAUUGCUGGAGGUCGCAGUGCGUUCAACUCAAUGCGCCUCGAGAAGGGAUACCGGACCUACGGCGCGGAUAUGACGACAGAGCACAAUCCGUUCGAGGCUGGUGUUUCAUUUGCUGUCGAUGCAAAUAAGAAAGAUGACUUCGUCGGCAAAGCCGCUAUUCAGCGCCUUUCCAACCAAGUACCUUCGCGGCGACUGCGGGCUUUGACCGUUGAUGAUGGUCGGUCGAUGAUCCUUGGCAAGGAGCCGGUGUUCUAUAAUGGAAAGGCGGCUGGAUAUGUCACCACCGCUGCAUUUGGAUACACGAUUCGCAAACCGAUUGCCUACGCCUGGCUUCCUGGGGGUGUUGGUGAAGGUGAGACAGUAGAGAUCGAGUAUUUUGGAAAGCGCAUCAAGGCGACUGUUGAGGCAGAGUCGCUUUAUGAUCCCGAGAUGAAUCGUCUCAGUCAGGAUAGCUUGCCUUCGCCGAUUGGUUCACAAGGUUCAUUCAGGUCACGACUUUGA